AAAAGACAUAGGUGGAAUACAAUUGCAAAUGUCAAUAGCCGAAGGGAAUAAGAGGCUAUAUAUACUAUCGAUGUCUAAUCACCAAAAAAUCCAAUAGUUUGUUCUCCAUAAACAUAUAUAAUCACUAGAUCACCGGGAGCAGUUAUAGUGUCGUUUUGGGCUUGGAGCGGAACCCCUCCGGUCGCAUCAUGCUCCAUUUUGCGAUUCCAGCCUGACAUUUCGGACACCUUGUAAAACGUACUCCCUGUCUGCCGCAUCUGUAGCAGAAUAUGAGUGUCCCGGCAUGGAGCAAUUACAGCAGAUCAACAAACUUUGCGCUCCGCCCUAUCUGCCCCGGGAAAUGGCCUCUAUAAACUCGGAAUCCUCGUUUUGCUGCUACGUACGCCUUGUGAACCUGGGUUUCUCUCUCUGUGGUCUCUGGUGCUCUUGCAUUCCGGAUGAGCGCGACCAGCGGUUGGCCAAGACCCUCUCAGCUUCGUUAUAUUCCUACCUCAGUUGCUUCAGGUCGUGGUCGGAUAUAUUGAUGUCAAACUGGGAGUUCGUACCCAAGGGUGCUCAACAGUACCAGGCGCUCAGUAGCACCCACUGCAAAUAAAAAUAGCUGAUCAGCAUAUUAUAUGUCCCACUAACUCACCGUCUCACCGACUCAACGGUACAAUCCCGUUGUGCGUACGUGCAUCCAAAACCACUCCCUGGCCUGACCAUUUACCAGGCAGGCAAGAUCGAAGGACCUCUUCCCAAGUAUCUUGCAGAUCACCGG